AGAUGUACCAGAUCCGCCGGGACGUCCUAUCGCCACUAACUUCACAUCACGCUCUGUAACAAUCUCAUGGGCGCCAAGCGAGAAUUCCCACAACAAUCCAAUUUCACACUACAUAAUCAAUGUCAGAGUCGGUGAAAAUGGUCCUUGGGAUCAUCAAGAAAUAAUAACUUCAAAUAAUGACACUAAAUAUUAUAUGGACAAUCUGUUGCCGUUUACGUCUUAUAGUUUCCGAGUAACUGCUGUUAAUGCACGAGGACGCAGUGCUCCGAGCGUUUCGUCUCAUUACAUAACAACAUUACGAGAAGCUCCAGCUGGAAAACCGACCAUCGUAACAGCUCAAAACAUUUCAGCGACGGCCAUCCUGAUUACAUGGAAACCACCGAGUCUGGAUACACUAAAUGGUGAAUUUCUCGGUUAUCGUAUAUCCUAUCGCCCCAGGCGAAAAGGAAGUGACAUCAAAGAGAUUUACAUACGCAAUCGAAAAAUAGAGAGACAUAUUAUUCAAAACCUGGAAACGUAUACACAGUAUACUGUAUGGUUGCAAGUAUUUAAUCCCGAAGGUACCGGUCCCAAUACAUCUGUUACCGUUAUGACCGAUGAAGGAGUUCCAAGUACACCAUUGAGAUUAACGGCCUAUGGAAUAAAUUCAUCCUCCGUAGAGCUGUCAUGGUCAGAGCCACAGCAUAAAAAUGGAAUAAUCCUUGGGUAUCGUGUGUUUUACAUGCACUCGAAUUUUACAGAAGUCAAAACAUUGAAAAAGAACAACGAAACCAUUGAUUUUCUUCUCAAUGAUCUAAAACCAAUGACUGAAUACAAAAUAUGGGUUAAGGCAUUUACGUGGAAGAACGAGGGCGAACCAUCUGAUCACAUUAUUCAAAAGACUGAUGUUGCAGGACCAAGUGCUCCUGUAAUACUAAAUUUAACUUGCCAAGCUCACGACGCUAUUUACGUCUACUGGGCACGUCCUCAAACUUUUUGGAAUUCAAUUGACUAUUAUUACAUAAUGUAUCGUAAUGACCAAUAUAAAAAGUAUGACGAAAUUGAAAUUCCUACCACCAAAGAGCAUCUCAACAGUGGGAUAAUAAUACCAAACCUUACUAUGAAUACCAUUUACGAAAUAAUGGUCUGCGCUGGUACCAAUAGCACAAUAAAUCAGCAUCACGUAGUACGUGGCAACUGUAGUCAACCAAAAACGCAACGAGUGGAACGUAAUUGUGAUAAAACACCACCAUUAAUGCGGCGUAGCUCUGAAGAAUUGAGUACCGGCGUAAUUGCGGGUAUGAUUUGUGCUUGUAUCGCCGUUAUGUUGGCUAUUACAGCUUUAAUAUUGUGGAGGCGUAUUUUCAGGAAAUGUUUCCAAACAGCCUACUGCUUUUUGGAUUAUCCGCCGCGUAAUGUGCAAACGCAUCAGGAAUGGGAAAAUAGUAAACAAGAUGGUGAAAGGACAGCUGUUCCUGUUUCACAAUAUGUUCAGCAUGUAGCGGCAUUACAUGCCGAUGGUGACAUUGGUUUCAGUAAAGAGUUUGAAUUAUUUCCAAAAGAGACAGAACUUUAUAUAGCUGACAAUUCUAAAUCUGUUGAAAAUCAGUCCAAAAAUCGCUACGGAAAUAUUAUUGCAUAUGAUCAUUCACGAGUGAGAUUAUUACCUUGCAAUGGAAGUCCGUCAAAUAAAGGACAAGAUUAUAUAAAUGCAAAUUAUAUCGAUGGAUGGCAACGUGCUCGCGCAUAUAUUGGAACGCAAGGACCAUUGCCCGCAACGAUCGACAGCUUUUGGCGAAUGGUGUGGGAGCAACGCGUAUCAAUAAUCGUUAUGAUAACAAAUUUAGUGGAGCGUGGUAGACCUAAAUGUGACAUGUACUGGCCUAAAGAGGGGACUGAGACCUACGGCAAUGUCCAAGUAACGUUGAUAAAAGAAGACGUCAUGGCGACAUACACAAUAAGGACUCUGCACAUCAGACACAUGAAGAUAAAGAAGAAAAAGAACGGCAGCAACAUUGGAGAGCGUACUGUUUAUCAGUAUCACUACACCGGUUGGCCAGACCACGGUGUUCCGGACCAUCCACUUCCCGUUUUAAGUUUCAUCAGAAAGUCAUCUAGCGCUAAUCCGCCGUCAGCUGGUCCAAUUAUUGUCCACUGCAGCGCCGGAGUUGGACGCACCGGGGCGUAUAUAGUUAUUGACGCGAUGCUUAAACAAGCUAAAUCAAAGGGAGAGAUAAACGUUUUCGGGUUUUUAAAACACAUACGUACUCAGCGUUAUUCAUUGGUGCAAACUGAAGAGCAGUAUAUAUUUAUUCACGAUGCUCUGCAGGAAGCCAUCGACAGCGGAGAGACAAACAUUCCUAUUGAUAAUCUUCUACAGCAUGUACAGGAGAUGCUGUCUCCUGAUAAUAAUAAAACCGAUCCGUGGAACAAUAUUGAGAUGCAGUAUAAAUUAGUCACUUCUUGGAAGCCCAAGGACUUUAAUUUAGUAUCCUCUAGCAAAGCAUUCAAUCAACACAAAAAUCGGAAUCAAGAGAUUGUUCCUAUUGAAAAUUCACGGGUACAUCUUACGCCAAAGGCUGGAAUUGAUGGCAGUGAUUACAUAAAUGCUACUUGGUUUGCUGGCUUUCAUAAAAAUCGUGAAUUUAUUCUUACCCAACAUCCGCUGAACACAACAAUAAAAGAAUUUUGGCAAAUGCUCUGGGAUCAUAAUGCUAAAACUAUUGUGAUGUUGACGCAGUGCGACGACAAUGACUAUCCAGAAUUUUGGCCGAACGAAGGGGAAGAAUUGAAAACUGACAAUUUUCGCGUUCAACUUUGUGCUAUUAAAAAAACAGUCAGCGGUGUUGUUUUGAGAGAGGUUGUUAUUCGCUCGCUUCAGGAUGAUUAUGAAUUAAGCGCACGUAUUGUACAAGGACCUGUUAAUCAUAAUGGCUUGUGGCCACACAAUGACAAUCCCAAGGCGUUUGUUGGUAUGAUACAAGAUUUUCAUAAAGAAUAUCAAAACGGGCCUAUUGUUGUUAUGGACAGGUAUGGUGGUAUUGAGGCAGCAUUAUUUAUUUUGUUAACGACACUGAUGAAGCAAAUAGAAUUUGAAAAAAGUGCUGAUAUUUAUAUGUUUGCUAAAUUACUUUACAUGAAGAGACCUGGAAUAUUUAGAUCAAAGGAGGAUUACGUACUGGUGUACAAGUGUUUAGAAUCAGUAUUAACAUCAAAAAUCCGAGUUGAACCGGACUUGUACACAAUGACAAACGGUCAUGUUAAUUGUAUAAAUCCAAACGAGAGUAUUAAUUUUAAAUCAACAACGAUAUUACCAACAAUUGGCGGGGAGCAGCAUAUUGUAGGACAAUUACCGGUAAAAAAUGUUGUUGGUAUUCAUGAGUACGCGUCAGUUGAAAUGCCGGUGGAAUAUGCAACAGAUUAUGUUAAUAAUCAAAAUCAUCUAAGUCAUAUCAACAACGAGCGUGGAUGUCCAACAAUCGAUGGAUGUGCAGAUUACGGCGAUCACCAUAUAUUAUCAGACAAUGCAGGAUUACCGCUGCGUAAUCAGAAUUACGUCAAUCAUCCUGGUGUACCAGGGUGUCCUGGAGUAGUUUCGGUAGGAGGUGUCGCUCCUGGUCUGCCAAUCACUGAUCCAAAUGGUUAUAUUACAAAUGGUAAUAUGCGAAUACCACCCGAAGGUAUGGAAUCAACAUGUGCUAUUAUUCCUCAAUGA